AUGACUUUGCAACUAGCAGACAAAUCUACCACUCUCCCGUAUGGAAUUGCACAAGACAUGUUAGUGAAAGUUGACAAAUUUCUGUUUCCGGUGGAUUUUGUGGUGAUUGAUAUGGAAGAAGAUAAAGAUUCACCUAUCAUCCUUGGAAGACCAUUCAUGAAAACAGCCCGGAUGAUGAUCGACAUCGAUGACGGUAUAAUGAAGCUAAGAGUCCAAGAUGAAGAAGUAUGUUUUAACCUCUUUGAUGCCAUGAAACAACCCAAAGACAAGAAUGAUUGCUUUCGCAUGGAUGUAACUGAAGCAAGUGGCGAGGAAGUGGCGAGCCAAAUUCAUCUUUCUAACCCUUUAGAGAGAUCUCUUGUUGAUUCAUUUAAUAUGAAGAGGGAAGUAAACCGGUCGUUAUUAGCUCAAAGUUAA